AUGGACAACUCCAACCAGACCACUGCCCAUGAGUUUAUAUUCUCUGCCUUCCCGACUUCCUGGGUAGAUUCUGUCCUCUGUUUUGUGCCCCUCCUCUUUAUCUAUAUAUUCAUUGUCAUUGGAAACCUGGUAAUCAUCACAGUGGUACAGCUGAAUGUGCACCUGCAUACACCCAUGUACUUGUUCAUCAGUGCCCUCUCCUGCCUGGAGGUCUGGUACACCACAAGUACCAUCCCCACAAUGCUUACCACCUUGCUUAGCCAGCAGAGGACCAUCUCCCUUAAUGGCUGUCUUCUGCAGAUGUACUUCUUUCACUCCACAGGCAUCAGUGAGGUCUGUCUGUUAACUGCAAUGGCAUUUGACCGCUAUCAGGCUAUCUGCUGCCCUCUCCAUUAUCCCACCAUCAUGACACCCAAAUUCUGUGCCCAGCUGACGCUCAGCUGCUGUGCCUGUGGCUUCAUCACUCCCCUCCCUGAGAUCGCCUGGAUAUCCACGCUGCCCUUCUGUGGCUCCAACCACCUGGAGCAUAUAUUCUGUGACUUCCUCCCUGUGCUUCGUCUGGCCUGCACGGAUACACAGGCCAUCAUCCUCAUCCAGGUGGUAGACAUCGUCCAUGCCGUGGAGAUCAUCACAGCCGUGAUGCUCAUCAUCUUGUCCUAUGUGGGCAUUGUGGCUGUCAUUCUGCGCAUUCGCUCUGCUGAAGGCCGUUGCAAGGCCUUCUCCACUUGCGUCUCCCACCUCACUGUUUUCCUGCUCUUCUUUGGCAGUGUGGCGCUCAUGUAUCUUCGCUUCUCAGCCACCUACUCUCUGUUCUGGGACACGGCCAUUGCUCUGGCCUUUGCGGUUCUCUCCCCCUUCUUUAACCCCAUAAUCUACAGUCUGAGGAAUAAAGAGAUAAAAGAAGCUAUCAAAAAGCACCUGGGCCAAGUGAGGGUUUUUUUUUCAUAA